GGGAGGAUCAGUGUGACUGAGGGGGCUGCCUGCAGUCUGCUUCAGUGGGUUCACACUCACUGUCCUCUGCCCCAGCCCUCCACGCCCCACUACUCUCCCUGCCCAGGCCCACGGCCCCACCAUGGCCGACCAGUACCAGUACAACACCAAUGAGGAGAAAUUUGUGAAAGACAGCCACACCAAGGAGAUCGACCUGAUCAACAGAGACCCUAAAUUGAUCAAUGAGGAUGUGAUCAAGGUAGAGUUUGAGGAUGUAAUCGCAGAGCCUGACGGCACACACAGUCUGGAUGGGGUUUGGAAGCUCAGCUACACCACCUUCACUGUGUCUAAGUACUGGUGCUACCGCAUCCUCUCAGCCAUCUUCGGCAUCCCCGUGGCUCUGCUCUGGGGCUUCCUCUUCGCCUGCAUCUCAUUCUGUCAUAUCUGGGCCGUGGUGCCCUGCAUCAAGAGCUGCCUGAUCGAGUCACAGUGCAUCAGUCGUAUCUACUCCCUCUGCAUCCAGACCUUCUGUGACCCCUUCUUUGAAGCCCUGGGCAAAAUUUUCAGCAGUGUGAAAGUGGCCCUGCGCAAAGAGGUCUAGACACUCACACCAGAGGUGGCUGGUGAGGGGAGGAAGGCUCAUAAUAAUGAAUGGAAUGGAGUCAAUGGAAUGGAUCAAACACAUGGAAAGCCAUGUGUUUAAUGUGUUUGAGGCCAUUCCAUUAUUCUGUUCCUGCCAUUACUGUAAGCCUGUCCUCCCCAUUUAAAGUGUCACCAGCCACCACUGACUCACACCCACCACAGUGUUUACAUGUGUUUGGAUGAAAUGUUGCACCCUUUAUAUAUGCCAGAACAGAUGACCAGUCCUGGUGUCCUCAUAUUUCCCAAGACACUCCCCGUUACCCUCACCCCGCCCGGAGCACUGGGACCCGCCUAGUCCAUCUUGCCCUUUGAGUCCUGACAUGCUCAGAGCGACCAGCGCCACUAGAGGCUCUGUGAUAGCUGCAGCAUGGUUGGGUGACAGAUCUGGCUCCGUUGGAAGGCAGAGAGCUGCCUGUUCAUUGAGGGAAUAGAGCGCUGGCAGCCAUGGAAUGUAUCUUGAGAUGCUGAGGACAGUAGCUUCUCGGUCACAUGACAUAAACACCCCAGUUACUCUAACAACAUUGCAGUGCCUGUAGGACAAUACUGCCUACACAGGGCUCUCCAACCCUGUUCCUAAAGAGCUCCCAUUCUGUACGUUUUCGCUCCAACCCUAAUCUAGUACACAUGAUUCUAAUAAUUAGCUGGUUGAUAAGCUGAAUCAGGUUAGUUACAACUAUGGUUGGAGCGAAAACCUACAGGAGGGUAAUUCACAGGAACAGGGUUG